UCUUCAUUUCGUACCCUCUUUUGAAACAGAUCACACACAAACUUUGGACAGAAUGAGGGUUAGUUCUUUUUCUACGAGCAGAAUUCUUUGCAUGGGAAUUUGUCUAGCCGGAUUAAUUGGUCAUGGUGCAAGUGAUAGUUCAGGAAAAAGUUCCUCGCGAAAUCCGAAACGCAUGAACGGCUACUUCCCCUUUAUCAAGAUAGUUAUUCCACCAGAACCUUGUGGAAGUAAUUUGAAUCCAAACCCCUCGAAUGGCAACAUGGUUCGAAACGGGGUGUGCCUUCCGAGAGGACAGUGCGAAUUCAGGAAGGGCGAAAAGGACGGGGAUUGUGCGAAAGGAUUUGGAGAUUGUUGCAAGUUUAAAGCAAGCUGCAAUGCUACACAUCACGAUUUCACAAUCUAUGAUGAAGUUGUUACGCUUAACACGCAUCAACCUCUGGACACCGACUGUAUUUAUGAAAUACGAAGGAAAAGCAGCAAAUACUGCGGUGUUAAACUUGAUUUUGUCGCGUUUAAUUCUCAACAUGCCGACGAGAAUGGGAUGUGCAGCAGGGACAGCAUUACGAUUCGUGGCUCAACCACAGUUCCUGAUGGGUUUGUGACGUGUGGGGAUCUCAGAGGUCAACACAUGUACCUCAACUUCAAUAAGGCCGGGUCGAUCGAGAUUCUCCCCUCUUUUACGACCAUGGGCGGAGGGUCGUACCAAAUUGUAGCGUCACAAUAUGGCUGUGUUUCACCCUCAAGGCCACCAGACAACUCGUGUCUGCAAUAUUUCAACUCGACUCGUGGCGUCGUGAAAAGUUUUGGCUACCCAGUCCGUCAGCAAAGCUCUCAACAAUACACGGUCUGUGUGGGAGGAUCAAACUCGCAAUCAAUUACGUGGCGACCCUGUUCAGCAGCCAACGCUGAGACGAAGGACCCUCCCUUCAAAAUAGCCAGCAAUCCAAACGGACCCACGUCGCCUGAUUGGAUCUGUCGUCCCGAUCGGGACUGGGUUCAAGUUAACGGAGCUAAUCAAAUGUGCAAACCUAGCGAUAUUCCAGGGAAUGGGAUCAAAACUUCCUUCACCCCGUUCCUGCUCAAUGUAAACUUCAACGAUGUUGAGAAAGACCCGCUGCCUUGUACUGAAGAUAUCAUGAGAAUGCCAGAAACUGCGUGUGUGCCUGACUUCACAGUGCCUCCAGUUGGUACCGUACCUCUUUGUGUAAUGUCCCAAUAUGAUCAAUGUUUCUGGAAUGCCACCGCCGCACCGGGGCGCUGUGAGUGUGAUCCGAAACCAGCCACCAUUGCCGGGCUUGAAUCUGACAUUGACAAUUGGGGAUUUUGCUUAGAGUAUAUGCAGAGUAGUAGAAGAUAAUGGGAAUUGAAAAUAAUUAUGCAUAAUUAAGACGCCAAAUCUGAUACUGAUUUGCAUACUUCGUAUAACUUAUUUACAUUUUAACUUAAGUUAUAUAAAAGCAGGAGCAGAAAGCAAUAAAUGAAUGUCACCCAAUUAAAA